GUCACCCCAUCGAAUUCUGUUAUCCGAGAACUCAGCUGCAACUGCCAUAGUUUUACUUCUUCACCAAGUAACAUAAACCCUAGUCCCCAAUACCUCAACAUUCGAAUCAAUGGCUUCCGAAAACCCUAGAUACAGAAACUCCAUGUACCCGGAGGUCAUCCGGUCAAAUCCCGAUGAUCCUACUAUUCGAAACCCAAACCCAAACCCAAACCCUAAUUCUUCUUCCUCGUCUUCGAAUCUCUACCCCACGAUCGACAUGAGAGACCUCGUCGAGAAUCUAUUCACCGAACCCUCCGCACCUACGGCUCCACCGGAAGCUGUUGAAGAGGUCAUCGUCAGAAUUCCCGGCGCCAUUCUUCAUCUCAUCGAUAAGCAUUACAGCGUGGAGCUCGCUUCCGGCGAUUUCACCGUGGUUCAUCUUCGUCAGGGGGAUAAUAUCGUUGCCGUUCUCGCACGCGUCGGCGAUGAGAUCCAAUGGCCCUUGGCCAGGGACGAGGCCGCCGUGAAACUCGAUGAUUCGCAUUACUUCUUCUCGCUUCGGACCCCGAGGGAGCACGGUUCGGAAUCUGAUUCAGAUUCGGGGGACGAGGAUCGUGGUCGGAAGGGGAAAACUGCUGCUGAUGAUGCUGAUAAUUUGUUGAAUUACGGGUUGACGAUCGCGUCGAAGGGGCAAGAGCGGUUGGUGAAGGAGUUGGAUGGAAUUUUGCAGCAUUACAGUUGCUUUUCUGUGCAUGAGGUUUCGGAGAAGGCGAAAAAGGGGUCGGAGGUUUUGGACGGGUCGGUGGCCCUGGAGACCUCGCCGGCGGAUUUAAAGAAGGAGAAGAAGACAAAGGAGUUGAUGAAAGAUCGGAGUGCGGCGUACUGGACCACUCUGGCUCCCAACGUAGAAGACUAUAGCGGCACUGCGGCGAAGCUCAUUGCUGCUGGGUCGGGGCAAGUGAUCAGGGGGAUUUUGUGGUGUGGCGAUGUGACGGUGGAUAGGCUUAAAUGGGGGAACGAAGUUAUGAAAAGAAGAAUGAGUCUGAAAGAGGAGAAGGAGAUUAGUCCGGAAACCAUGAGGAGGAUUAAAAGGGUCAAGAAGAUGACCAAAAUGACAGAGAAAGUAGCAAAUGGAGUCCUUUCAGGGGUUGUGAAAGUAUCUGGAUUCUUUACGAGUUCAGUGGCAAACUCAAAAGUGGGCAAGAAAUUUUUUGGCCUUCUUCCUGGGGAAAUUAUACUUGCGUCACUGGAUGGCUUUAGCAAGGUCUGUGAUGCUGUGGAAGUAUCUGGAAAAAAUGUCAUGUCAACAUCUUCAACUGUAACUACUGAACUGGUCUCCCAAAGGUAUGGGAAAGAAGCAGCCAAGGCAACAAAUGAAGGACUUGAUGCUGCUGGACAUGCCAUAGGGACCGCAUGGACUGCCUUUAAAAUCCGAAAGGCAUUCAACCCAAAAAGUGUUCUUAAACCUACUACUUUAGCAAAAGCUGCUGCUAAAACCGCAGCUUCUGAAGUGAAAAAAUCUAAGAAAAAGAAUUCAAAGUAAUCAAUGGUGGAAAUUUCCUGGUGACAACGGCAAGGGUUUAAGCCUAGUCUGUCUUAUUAUACUGUCCUCCAAUGUUCAUUUUGAUGUUAUGAAAAAUAUUUUUGUUGUUUUUAUUCAAUGAGAAACAGUAUGGUGAUGCUCCA